AUGCCAACCCUCAAACAGCUUUCCUGCCACGUCGAAUGGGCCCCAACGGACAUCCCCUUCAAGGAAUACGGCGUAUCCUACAGCGACGGCAUCGUGGAAAGUUACAUCGCCAUCCCUUCCGCCCCAACGCCAUUCUCCAUCAACCUCCAGUCCCAUGGUUACAUCGCCCCAGGGCUGGCCAUGUUCGUCUUCAUGGACGGUGUUUACCAAUGCAAUAGGAAUAGAGAUGACUUGAUAGCUGCGGAAGACAAAGCAAAAGCAAAAGGAAAAGGAGCCAAAGGCUUGCCCGCGAGUAGAACAGUGAAUUUCCGCGUGAGGCAGAAAGAAGAGAAGCGAGCCGAGGGGAGGUGGGUUGGGAGGCCCUGGAGGUUUGAACCGUUGAAUAUAAUCCCAGAGAUCCCCGGAAUGCCAGAGAUCGGUCCCAAAAGUCAUUUCGAUCACCUGGGGGAAAUAAUGGUGAUCGUACUCCGAUGCGUACCGCGGAACGCGAGUACCUCAGGGCUAUCUGAUGGAUCUCGCACCCCAGACUCGGCGAUGGCUCCAAGCCCUGACCCCAAUGAUGUUGACCUUGCGCUCAGCGACGAGGAGUUUGAAGUUAUCAAAGCGAAAUACAAGCACCCGGAACCUGAACCUGAGCUGGAAUCAAAACCAGAACCUCCAGUUGAAGUCAAACCGGAGAUAGAUAAUAAAUUGACAGAUUUUGGUAUGCUCUUUGACGGGGCGAAUGACAGAUAUUACGCUCCCCGCCGUCAUCACCGCGAACGGCACGACCACCACGCGCACGAGAAUGUCCCGUUUACAGCCAGACAUGGGCCAAGUCGUGAUUAUUGUGUGGGUUGCGAUCAUUCCCACCAUCCACCGCAGAAUGAUGGUAGAUGUUAUGGGUCUUGCCAGGAUGCUCACGCACGCCGGGAGCCGGGCAAUAUAGCGCCAUCCGAUUCUGAUGGUGAUUGUUCAUCCUGUGCUGGAUAUCAAAACCGGACGGCUCGACUACGAACAAGACAAAGACAUAAUGAGGAUCGGGACUGGCCCGAUUGUCAUGCUACUAGGGAACUUUCUCGGGAUGAGCGAGGAAGGCCUAGCAGUCACUCUUCAACCCAUAACCAUUUGGAUCGCCGAGAGUCAACUAGAUAUAAACCUCAUGAAAAAAUCGUGCACGAACUAUCGCCUAGUUCUGAAUUAACCGAGUCCGAAUGUGAAUGCGCCCAAUGUAGCCAUUCAAAACUGAAGCAGCGGGGCUUUCGUCACUCAAGAACCGCUAGUGGUGCCAGUCGUGGGUUCAACGACGAAUGGUAUCAUACAUCACACCUAGCGCCAGAAAGCGAUUGCCGAGUUCACCACCAUGGUACGGCGUUGAAAGCACCCUUCGAACGUUCAAGGUCCCAGAAAAAGAGGAUAUGCUCGCGCAGCUCUUGUCUUGAAUGCAACAAAAGUGCAAAACAUGUAGAACUAGAUGUCCAUCACUCUGGACAUCUACGUCAGCCGGAAGAUCCAGGGGAAGAGCAUGGGACGCACUACCAAAACGAACACAAGACAGGCGAACGCAUUGCAUAUGGAAGUAGGUUGCAAGGGGGUGCCAACGGACCUUCGAUUGUAUUGAACGUGAAUACACCAACAUGUGGUAGCGAACAGUCCACUUGCAAGACCUGCAAUAAGCAACCAAAUGACUCCGACGUCGCUCAUACUGGUUGUUAUGUGAUAUCGGACGGGAAAAAAAUCCCACACCAGUGUAGACGGCCCCGAACCCAGGCACCUCAACUUCACACUUGGGGAAGAAGUAAUCGGAGCAUCACCAGGGAAGCAUCACCAGCUAGAGGGAAUGAGCCACAUGUAAAUCAACCGAGUGGCUGUGGCCAUGGGUCUAAUGCUGGAAAUGAUCCGAGGGAUAGGAACCAGAUGAGCAAUGAACUGGAAUUGGACAAGAGGUCCAACCAAUCGCGGACUGGGUCUAUAAGAGGCCAGCAACCACCGGAGAACUGGGGCGAAGGCAAUUUUGGAGCCCAAGAUCAUAACAAUAAUGAGGAUAUCCGAUCAACCGGAUGGGCUGGCGACGGCUGGCCCAGCACAAAAGGUGAUACAGGGAACAAUCAAGGGCCACUAGAUUGGAGCAAUGAUAACCAAGACUCAAACAACACCUGGCCGGAUGAUAAUCAGGAUGGUAAUAACCACUCCAACGGGCCGAAUGACGAUCAAUGGGGUACUGGAAAUGGCGAAAGCACAAAUCAUGAACCACAGCAAGGUGCAUGGAGCAAUGAAAAUAGUGAAGAUAACGGGCAACACCACGGACAAGGCAGCUGGGGACAUAGUGAAAAAAAUAAUUCUGACGGCGGAAACCCGGGUGGCGAUCGAAUGGGUUUAGGACAGGGCUACGGAAACAACAACAGUGAUAAUGUUGAAGCUUCGAACGCGCCAGCCUCGUACAGCAACGAACAGGCAAAUAAUAAAUCAGUUCCGCAGCCGCAACUGGAACAGACUGCUCAACAGCCCUCUUGGGUGCCAAUGCAGCCAUAUCGGCUUGUGACACCAAAUCAGCAGCCUGCGUUUGUGUCUCAAGUAUAUUAUGAUCCACAGAAUGACGAACCACCGCUAUAUACCGUACCUGAGGCUAUCGCCCAGAGAGGGUCGCUUUCUCACCAAGUGCAAGUUGGCCGAGCGGAGGAUUAUCUGCACAAAUUGCGGGUUCCCGAAUACCUCGACACUAUGGAGGAGCCAUAUGCCAAGUUCAUAUUCAAAUAUCGGCUGCAAGAAAUCAUCGAGCGAAAAUUCGACGUCAAGGUGGAACGGGAUCCGGAGGUAGAACGAAAGAAAUUGGAGAUGUUGCCUAAAUCAGAGAUUGUGAAUCAACUUCUCAACGCGCAGGGAAUUUUCGGUAAUCAAACCAGCACGCACCCGGCUAACGCAGGACAACCCGAUCAACCAAUCCCGGGUUCGAUGCAAUAUGGCGGAGCUUUCGGGAACUCAGGAAACCAAAAUUUCCCUGGAUAUUGGCCUCCGGGAAACAAUCACAUGGCUCCGCUACCUCCAGCACCCCCAAUGGAUAUGCCGAACCUGAGUAGCUUUAGCAUUGACGGGGCUAGCAGUAAUAUCAAUGGUGUUCCGAUUCCACUCCAUGGUAUUCUCCUAUACCACGAUCCUUCAGGCGGGCACUUUCCUGCGCAAAUUCUGAGGUCAACACCCCAGAUCAACGGUCAGGGCCAUGAUAAGCGACCUUCAGUACACCCGGGAAGUAUUAAAGACGGAGCCGGUAGUGGGAAUAAUGGACGGCGGCCCACCAAUGCUCGGGGCUGCGCAGGUGGUAACGGAGGGAAUGUCGAGGCCGAGAAAGGACGUAGUAACGGGGAUCCGUUUCAGCGUCACCGGUCAAACGAUAACAGUUGUACAAAUUCCGGGGAUGCAUUCCAGAGUAAGCAUCAUCAGAGCAGCAAUAGGAACGUGAGUAGUUCCUCUACUGGAACUGGAGAUCCUUUUCAGAGCAGACACACGGGAGGCGUCGAUAGAAAUGUGAGCGGUCCGUCGUCUAGCAGAGGAGGGCAAUUUCCCAGCGGCCAUAGUGGAAGAAACCGAGGAACCAGUGUCUCAAGUAGCGGUGGAGGGAGCGCGCGUGUUCGAAAUAGCAACAAUCGGAUGCAAAAUGGUGAUCCGUUCCAAAGUCGCCACGGUGCCAGUGCCAAUGGCUCAACCAGCGCAAAUCCAACGUGGAACACGAAUGAUGGAGACGGCGAUUGGAAGCAGAAUGGAGGAGCUGCCACAGGGGUCGAAUGGUAG